CAUUGUGUACCUUCAAUGUGUUAUAACUCUUAUUUCAGGCAACCUUUGAAUAUAUUAUACUCGUCCAAAAAGCAACAAAAAUCAAGUGAUUCCAAUGGUGAAGUGACGGAAGAGGCUGAAGCUUUGAUUAUAAAACCAUCUCAGAGGAGCUCUGAGGCAUCUUUAUCCAAGGUGUUAUAUAAAACUUUUGGACCAUAUUUUCUCAUGAGCUUCCUGUUUAAAGCAGCACAUGAUCUCUUGAUGUUUGCAGGCCCAGAAAUUUUGAAAUUGCUAAUCAACUUCGUAAAUAACAAAAGCGCCCCAAACUGGCAAGGCUACUUUUAUACAGGGUUGCUGUUUGUUUGUGCAUGUCUUCAGACAUUGAUUCUUCAUCAGUAUUUUCAUAUUUGUUUUGUAACUGGAAUGAGGCUCAAAACAGCUAUUGUUGGUGUAAUCUAUCGAAAGGCUCUUGUUAUCACAAAUUCUGCCAGAAAGACUUCUACUGUGGGUGAAAUUGUGAAUCUAAUGUCUGUGGAUGCUCAGAGAUUCAUGGACUUGGCUACAUAUAUAAACAUGAUCUGGUCUGCGCCUCUUCAGGUGAUACUAGCACUGUACUUAUUGUGGCAGAAUUUAGGACCUUCUGUACUGGCAGGUGUUGCUGUCAUGAUUCUUCUUGUUCCCGUGAAUGCUGUGAUGGCAAUGAAAACAAAAACAUAUCAGGUGGCACAGAUGAAGAGCAAAGACAACAGAAUUAAGCUGAUGAAUGAAAUUCUUAAUGGGAUUAAAGUUCUAAAACUUUAUGCUUGGGAAUUAGCCUUCAGAGAAAAGGUAUUGGAGAUCAGACAGAAAGAGCUCAAAGUCCUAAAAAAAUCUGCUUACCUUGCUGCAGUGGGUACCUUCACUUGGGUUUGCGCUCCUUUUUUGGUUGCCUUGUCCACAUUUGCUGUGUAUGUCAAAAUGGAUGAGAACAAUAUCCUGGAUGCUCAGAAGGCAUUUGUAUCCCUAGCUUUAUUCAACAUUCUCAGGUUUCCACUGAACAUACUUCCUAUGGUUAUCAGCAGCAUAGUAGAAGCUAGUGUCUCCUUGAAGCGCCUUCGGGUGUUCCUGUCUCAUGAAGAAUUAGAUCCAGACAGCAUAAUCAGGGGUCCCAUUACAAAUGCUGAAGGAAGCAUUGUUGUAAAGAACGCAACAUUUAGCUGGUCCAAAACAGACCCUCCUGCACUGAAUAGCAUUAACUUCACCGUUCCUGAAGGUUCCCUGAUAGCUGUUGUUGGUCAAGUUGGCUGUGGAAAGUCUUCAUUGCUGUCUGCAUUACUGGGGGAGAUGGACAAAAAGGAAGGCUACGUGGUUGUCAAGGGCUCGAUUGCUUAUGUUCCUCAGCAAGCCUGGAUCCAAAAUGCAACUUUAGAAGAUAAUAUUAUCUUUGGAAGAGAGAUGAAUGAGAGCCGGUACAAGCGUGUUAUUGAGGCUUGUGCACUUUUGCCUGAUUUAGAGAUUCUUCCUAUGGGAGACAGAACAGAAAUAGGAGAAAAGGGUGUGAAUUUGUCUGGAGGACAGAAGCAGCGAGUUAGUCUUGCUCGAGCAGUCUACUGUAAUGCAGAUACCUAUUUAUUUGAUGAUCCUUUGUCAGCUGUUGAUGCUCACGUCGGGAAACAUAUUUUUGAAAAAGUUAUUGGACCAAAAGGAAUCUUGAAAAAUAAAACACGGGUUUUAGUAACCCAUGCAGUGAACUAUCUGCCUCAAAUGGAUACAAUUCUGGUAAUGACUGAUGGAGAAAUUUCUGAGAUGGGCUCCUACCAGGAGCUGCUGAAGCAAGAUGGAGCUUUUGCAGAAUUCCUUCGUACUUACGCUAAUGCUGAACAAAACAUGGAGAGCAGUGACUCGGAUUCUUCGUUAGAAAGAACGAUUCAACCUCUGGAAACAGAUGCAAAUAGUCCAUCUGGAAAGGAAGGAAGGCCUGUAGAAAAUGGAGUCCUUGUGAAUGAAGCCCCUGGAAAGCUGAUGCAUCGGCAGCUCAGUAACUCCUCCACAUACAGCAGAGAAACUGGCAAGUCACAGCACCAGAGCAGCACAGCAGAUCUACAGAAGCCUCUUGCAGAGAAGAAUUCCUGGAAACUGACAGAGGCUGACACAGCAAAGACUGGGAGGGUGAAGGCAACAGUAUACUGGGAAUACAUGAAAGCUAUUGGACUCUAUAUCUCUUUUCUGAGCAUUUUCCUCUUUAUGUGUAACCAUAUAGCCUCCCUGGCUUCCAACUAUUGGCUAAGUUUAUGGACAGAUGAUCCUGUUGUCAAUGGGACACAGCAGUACACAAAUGUCAGACUGGGAGUAUAUGGAGCGCUGGGAAUUUCUCAAGGUAUUGCUGUGUUUGGCUACUCAAUGGCUGUGUCAAUAGGAGGAAUAUUUGCUUCACGACACCUGCACCUUGACCUGCUACACAAUGUCCUCAGGUCUCCAAUGAGUUUCUUUGAACGUACUCCCAGUGGAAAUUUAGUGAACCGUUUCUCUAAGGAGAUAGAUACCAUUGACUCUACCAUUCCACCAAUCAUCAAGAUGUUCAUGGGCUCAACAUUUAAUGUGAUUGGGGCUUGUAUCAUCAUUUUGCUGGCCACCCCUAUAGCUGCUGUCAUUAUUCCACCUCUGGGACUUGUCUACUUGCUUGUGCAGAGAUUUUAUGUGGCCACUUCUCGCCAGCUCAAACGCCUUGAAUCUGUCAGUCGUUCUCCUGUGUAUUCUCACUUCAAUGAGACCCUUCUGGGAGUCAGUGUAAUUCGAGCCUUUGAAGAGCAGAAACGUUUUAUAAAGCAGAAUGACAUAAAAGUGGAUGAAAAUCAGAAAGCUUAUUAUCCAAGCAUUGUUGCAAACAGAUGGUUGGCAGUACGUCUGGAGUUUGUGGGGAACUGUAUUGUUCUCUUUGCAGCAUUGUUUGCAGUGAUUGCACGCAACAAGCUCAGUCCAGGACUGGUUGGUCUUUCAGUGUCCUACUCACUGCAGAUUACAGCAUACUUAAACUGGCUAGUUCGUAUGACUUCUGAUCUGGAAACCAACAUUGUUGCUGUAGAAAGAGUCAAAGAAUACGCUGAAAUGGAGAAGGAGGCUGAGUGGAGUAUUGAAGAAGCUGCCCCAGCAAACACCUGGCCUGAGGAGGGGAAGGUUGAGUUUCGAGGCUUUGGUUUACGUUACCGGGAGGACUUGGAUUUGGUUCUGAAAAAUAUAAACAUCACCAUAAAUGGGGGUGAGAAGAUAGGAAUAGUUGGAAGAACAGGAGCUGGAAAAUCCUCCCUUACUUUAGGCUUAUUUCGGAUCAAUGAAGCAGCUGAAGGAGAAAUUAUUAUUGAUGGAAUUAAUAUUGCAAAGAUAGGGCUCCAUGACCUGCGGUUCAAGAUAACCAUAAUUCCUCAGGAUCCAAUAUUAUUUUCUGGUUCUCUGCGUAUGAAUCUUGAUCCUUUUGACCAACACUCUGAUGAAGACAUUUGGAGAUCUUUGGAAUUGGCUCACUUGAAAAAUUUUGUGUCAUCCCUUCCUGAUAAACUCAAUCAUGAAUGUUCUGAAGGUGGAGAAAACCUCAGUGUGGGACAGCGCCAGCUGGUGUGCCUGGCACGAGCUCUACUCAGGAAGUCCAAAAUCCUAGUUCUAGAUGAAGCCACAGCUGCUGUUGAUCUUGAGACAGAUAACCUCAUACAGUCAACAAUAAAAUCUCAAUUUGAAGAAUGUACUGUUUUAACUAUAGCACAUCGUCUGAACACAAUCAUGGACUAUACAAGAGUUUUAGUCCUGGACAGAGGUGAAGUGGUGGAGUGUGAUAGCCCAGACAACCUACUUCAGGCAAAAGGCCUUUUCUAUAGCAUGGCCAAAGACUCAGGAUUGGCAUAGGAUUUGAAUGGAGAAGGGGGAGGUGAUGCACUCAAACAAAUGUAAUUUCCCCUGAGCUGGUGUGAAUUCGGUUACAGACCUAAUGAAGUCAGCCACAGCACAGCAAUGGAAGUAACAUGAAAAUGCAAUAUUUUUUUCUUCUCCUGUGUAUUGAUUUUUAGCCAGCUUUAGGAGAAGCAUAUAAACUCUGCAAAACACUUCAUAGUCUUUUAGUUUUUGCCUGACAUCUGUCAUUAUAUGCUCAAAUGUAAGGUGGAGUGAUUCAUCAAAGAAAUUCUUAAAAGCUUUUUCUUUUCAUCUGCUCUUAUGUCCUCAAACCCAUUUUUGUUUUAAGUAUUUUUGCAAAUGCUAGUUAUUUACUUUGCUGAUUCCUCAUUUGAUGAGCCAUCUAUUGUGAUAUGCACUUGAACAUUUUGUGGCAUAUAAUCCUAACGUCCAAAGAUUUUCUUCUUGUGAAGUAAUGCUCGUGCCAGGUUUUCUCAUUAUGGCAUUUACUGUACAUGGUUAAUGCUUCUAUGCAUUCUCCUGAAGAUUUUACAUGUGUUUACGUUGUGUAGCAGCACGUUCACUGUGUCAGUAGUGCUGAUGUGGAAAAAGCACAGUCAACUUCAAAGCAGUAUUUAAGCAUAUUUGGAACGAUGAUCACUCCAAAACCCAACUGUUGCAUCAGUUGGUCUGUUGCAGAAUACAGUACAUGAUUUUACACCCAGUUCACUCAGGAAUUCUGACUUGGGUGGAGAAUUCUAGUUAUGCCUGUGGGGGCUAGGCUGAGAAGUGAGGACUGACCUGAGCAGAGUUUGCAGGCUCAAUGUAAUGCUGUGAUACCCCUAGCUUUGGCAGUUUUGUGCUUUAAUAGAAGUUGUGCUAUAUCAAGGACCGUUAGCCUUACGUUGAAGAAACACGCCCUUCAUGCUGCUCCUGUUGACUCUUAAAUCUUCUGGGAGACUAUUCUGUGACAGUAGUUAAAAUCAACAACAACCAGCCAAAAAAAAUACCCCAACACCAAAAAAACCCAAAAGCAAAGAACUGUUUUUCUGUUUUUCAAGUUGUGUGUCAGAGCUCUAACAAUUCAAUUAACAGUGGAGUCUGGUUUUUGAAGUCUUUGUUGAAUGUUCAGUUUUCUGUGUAAAGAAAAAAGUUUUGUUUCUCAUAUUUUAAUUUGUCUUAUUUUAGAGGAAAAUGCUGGAAAAAGGCAAAAUAAGCCAGAUGGAUCCAAAUAUUGAGUACUCUGAGAAUGUGGACUUCUGUGAAUGUUGUUGACCUUGAUAAUAGGCAGUUGUCUUCUUUAGAGUAAAGCUAUUUAUUUUUUUGUAAAUUAUUAUGACUCUCUGAAAUUGAAUAGACUGAAAUUUUCUUUGGUAUUUUUUGUAAUUACUAUAUGAAUAUUUACAAAGAACUUGCAGUAAAAAAAAAAAAUGUUUGAAAGAUAA